UAUUUAAAUUACUUACCGUAGGAAAUAAUUAGCAUGUGAAUUACAUAAACAACUCUGUGGUUGAAUUGAUAACGCGUUAGAGACAGUUCAGGGUCAUUUUGAUUUGAUCUUAGUUGUUUAGUCGAGAUGUCAUGUGCUUCGGAGUACGGACAUGUUGCUAAAUGAAUUACGAAAUAAUCUGUAGUUAGUUAUGUUUAAAACUAACUAAAAGAGAAAUCGUAAAAUUAACUUAUUGGAAAACUAAAUCUAUUUUAUAAGUGUUUUGUAGUUUUCAUCACUUUUUUUUUAUUUUUGUAAUUAAGCUAAAAAUGAGUUUAGAAAAACGGUGACCAUAAUAAAUUUAAAUGAUUAGAAUUUUCUGGAUAAUACUUUUAAAAGUUUUUUUAAACAAAAUGGUGUUCCCAAUAAAAAAUGUUCUCUUUGUUGUUUUGUGUUUGAUAAUUUGUGCUGAUGCGUCCAAGAUCUUAGUGGUAUUCCCGUUCCCUGCUGGAAGUCAUUGUAAUCUUGGUGAUGGAUAUGUUAGGCAUUUACUAAAUGCUGGUCAUGAGGUCACAUACAUAACGCCGUUUCCUAAGACGAAUCCGAACCCUAAUCUUAGACAGAUAAGCGUUGCGGACAACGUCCACGCUGUGAAUGCUCAAGCAUUAAACGUACAAGCUCUGAUGAAGCAUGAAGUUGAAAUGGAUCAAGAUCUACUCUUCCACAUGACAGUGAACGUGACAAAGAAGACGUUUGAAAACGCAGCAGUACAGGCUCUACUCAAUGACGCGUCUGAACGCUUUGAUGUCGUGAUCGCUGAGUGGAUGUUCAACGAGAUAUACAGCGGUAUCGCAGCUGUGUUCAACUGCCCUUUGAUUUGGUCGUUCCCUUACGAGCCUAACUUCGUGGGCCUCAGUCUGAUAGACGAGGCAAGCAACCCUGCGUACUCCGCCAAUAUACAGUUCAGUGACAUCCCACCUUUCACCUUUGGCCAACGUGUGUUCGCGCUAUGGUUUCAAAUAAUGCACAGGGUGAAGUAUUUUCUGUUCUACCAAAAGAUCGAGACCGACGCAUACGAGAGUAUCUUCAAGUCGAUAGUUGAGAAGCGUGGAAGACAACUACAGCCAUACAACGAGUUCAAAUAUUCCGCAGCAAUGAUCCUCGGGAACUCACAUGUGUCCCUCGGGCAGGCGGUGCGAUUGCCCCAGAACUAUGUGCCCAUCGCUGGCUACCAUAUUGACGACGUUAAACCUUUGCCUGAGGACUUGCAACAAAUAAUGGACAACGCGAAGUAUGGAGUUAUAUAUUUUAGUUUGGGAUCAAAUUUAAAGAGCAAGGACUUACCCGAACAUUAUAAAAAGAAUUUAUUGAAAAUGUUUGGUGAAUUAAAACAGACUGUAAUAUGGAAGUUUGAAGAGGCAUUGCCGAAGUUACCCAAAAAUGUACACAUAUUACAGUGGGCACCGCAAACAAGUAUUUUGGCACAUCCUAAUUGUGUUCUCUUCAUCACACACGGCGGUCUACUCUCGACGACUGAGGCAGUUCAUUUCUCAGUGCCAUCUAUCGGGAUACCCGUCUUCUUUGAUCAAAACUUCAACGUAGACCAAGCUGUUAGACGAGGGAUAAGUCUCAAAGUCAUGUUAUCAGAGAAUUGUCAUAUUGAUCUGAAGAAUGCGAUACAGGAAAUGCUUGGAAAUCCUAAAUACCGUGAGAAAAUAAAAGAGCUGUCAUUUGUUUAUCACCACCGUCCCGUACCACCUGGUAAGUUAUUGGUACAUUGGGUGGAACACGUGGUACGUACCAACGGCGCGCCUCACUACCGCUCUACUGCACUUCUGCUGUCCUGGUACCAGAAAAUGUAUUUAGAUCUAUUAGUGUUGGUACUUUCAGUGUUAUUUGGUACGAUUUAUGUGAUAAAAAUGUAUACUGGAAGAAAAAUGCAAAAG